UCAGAUGACCCCGUUGUGCCUGCCUUCAACAAGAUUGAUAGGGGCGAUGGGGUGUUCUGCCUGGAACUGCUCCCAGGCACAGCAGGCAACAGGAGCUCCACAUCACCCUGACUUCAAACUGAGUCACCCCACUUGAGCAGACACUAUCUCGAAAGCCCGGUACCAACAAGCCUCUCGAGAUCGAGUUACCCAAGAAUGGGCCACACUACGCCGCAUAGACGACAGCUCCCUUCAGGGGGCACCAAUCAAUCGACAUAGAUGGCGAGUGCGUUAACCCUUCUCGUUGCGACGGUUAUAAGCAGUCGAUCCUCUCCUUCUCGUCCAUGUUACCUGCUCCCAUGUUGACCCAACAAAGCUGAUGUUGCAUCCGAUAUCGGAUUCUCUCUCGAGAUAAUGGGCCUUGGACUUUUCUCCGCCUCCGUUCUUGAUCCUUCUGGGCAGUUCUCGCCAGCCCGUCUAACCAACGAUCCGGAGAGUCUGGGCCAGAUAUCAACCCUGGCACCAAAGUGUCUGGACCAUCUCUCAAACACCCACCCGAAAUCAUAUAAGCCAACCCAUCCUCGCCACUAUCAUAAGCAAACCUAUCAAUAUCUCGAAACAAACACUUCUCUCCGCUCGAGAUAUUCCAGGGGCUCUUCCGACAGACGAGGAAGACAUGGACGGAUAGCUGCGGCAGACGGAUAUGACGAUGGAAGCCAAGACCGACAAAGUACCCGGCCCAUCCGUUCUUAUCCAUCAAGGUCUAGCCGCAGACCGCCGUCUCUAGAGCGACAAGACGCCUUCGCUGAUACAAGAACACGCAAGGAUCGCCAGAUCCAAAUACGUGACCUGGUCAGUAGUGGAAGAACUUUCCCUGUGCGCCACCAGUUCAACGGAGCCUGCACGCAUGGGCUCGUCAUCAUCAAUGGCAUCAUGGUGCUUCAAGAGGAGGCAAUGCUGCCAAGAUGGCUCGAUGUUGGGGUUACGCAGCCCCUGGGGAAACGAAGAAGGGGUAGAAUACCGGAAGACUAUGCCAAAGAGUGCGAUGUGAAGAGAAGGAAGAGAGGUGGUGUCAGGAACCGCGGAAAUCCCGAGCAACCGUCCGAUUUUUGGUCUGCGUGCGGCACCCCCGAAGACAGCAGUUGAAGACGACGGACGUCUGCAAGCAAGUCAAACGACAACUUCCGAAGCC